UAAAAUCAAAGAAUUACAUGAAUUAAAAUACCUCUGAAAAUAUUAUCAAAUUAAUCAGUCUCUAACAAACAAAUUGAAGCUAUGAUGAACUCUCUGACAGGCAUACCUUCAGUAGCAUCAAUAUUCUCAGCCUAUGCAACCUUAUCAACUUUCAUCACUCUAUUCCAUCAAGCAUACAUUCAAUUCAUACCCGAACGAGUUAGAGACUACAUUGCUGAAAAACUCGAGCAAUGGUUCAACAACUCAAGGGCAUCUCCUUCCUCAUUCACCUUAGUAAUCGAGCAAUCAGAUGACACCCCAUACCGCGAUAAUAACCAAGUCUUUGAGGCCUGUGAGAGGUAUUUGUGCAACAAGCUUAUCAGCAAAUUCGCUAGCCGCCUCAAGGUAAGUCGUCCAAAUGCUGAUGUAAGUCUUAAAUUCAAGUUAGCACAAGGAGAGCAAUUCACAGAUACCUUUGAAGGUAAGGAGCUUGUGUGGCACUACAUAAUCUCCUCAAAAGAGAACACCAACCAACAGGAAGAAAAACCACAUUUCGAAUUAGUCAUUGAAGAUAAGUAUAAAGAGGUCUUGAAUUCCUACUUGCAUUACAUACUUAAAUUAAAUGAUGAGAUGCAGGAGAAUGCAAAAGAGUUGAAUUUACAUACACUUACAAUCUACUCCGAUUGGCACUCAGUUGAGUUCAAGCACCCCUUCACAUUCGAUUCUUUGGCUAUGGAUCCCGAGGUUAAGAAGUACAUAACCGAUGAUUUGGAUCAUUUUGUAAAGAGGAAGGAUUUCUACAAAAAAGUAGGGAAGGCUUGGAAAAGAGGGUACUUGCUUUAUGGUCCUCCCGGCACAGGAAAAUCAAGCUUGAUCGCGGCUAUGGCUAACUUCCUCAAGUUUGAUAUCUAUGAUUUACAGCUUGGUCAAGUGGAGAAUGACGCGAUUUUGAGGAACCUUAUGCUAAGAACAAGCAAUAAGUCUAUGCUUGUUGUUGAGGAUAUUGAUUGCACUCUUGGGUUGCCAAGCUGCAGAGAGAAUUUGGACGGCUCAUCCGACAAUAAUGAGGACUAUGUACGUGUUAAUGAGCAUCAGACAUCUAAGAUAUCACUAUCAGGGCUGCUGAAUUUUGUUGAUGGAUUAUGGUCAAGUUGUGGAGACGAGAGGAUUAUAAUUUUCACCACCAACCACAAGGCGAAGCUAGACCCUGCCUUGCUACGACCAGGGCGGAUGGAUGUACACAUACAUAUGUCCUACUUGACUAUGCCUGGUUUUAUAAUACUUGCAUCCAAUUACCUGGAAAUCGCGCUUAAUGAUGAGCACCCUCUCUUUGGAGAGAUUGAGACAUUGUUCCAAACUGUGAAUGUUACUGCAGCUGAAAUCUCAGAGGAAUUACUGAGAGCUGAUGAUGCUGAGACUGCUCUUAGAGGAGUUGUGCAGCUGCUCAAGAAGAAGCAUUUUGAAAGAAAAGAGAGCAAAGGAGAAUGUAAGGAACUUGAAGUCAUAUAUAAUCUGAUGGACACCUAG